AUGCAGCAGCGCAGGCAGCCAAUGAGCGUCAACCCUCGCCGCAGGCAGCCAAUGAGCGUCAGCCCUCGACGGCUCCAUCCCCGCCCCCUUCAGUCCCUCGCUGGUCACGCCCCCUCGGCGCAGAUAGCCAAUGAGCGUGAGCCCCCGCUGCAGACAGCCAAUGAGCGUCAGGCUCCGCCUCUCCUUCCCCGCCCUCCCUCCCUCCCUGCUCCCUUCCCCUCGGUGCAGCCCCUCCCUGGUCCCUCCCCCUCGUCGCGGGCAGCCAAUAAACGUCAGCCCCCGCCAAAGACAGCCAAUGAACGUCAGGCUCCGCCGCUCCUUCCCCGCCCUCCUCAGCCCCAGCCCUCCAGUCCCUUGCUGCUCCCGCCCCCUUGGCGCAGCCCCUCCCUGGUCCCGCCCCCUCAGCGCGGGCAGCCAAUGAGCGCCAGCCCCCGCCGCAGGGAACCAAUGAACGUCAGCUCCUUUCCCGCCCUCCCCUUCCACCCUUGUGCCCCAUCUCUCGGUUUCCUCCCUGCUCCCGCCCCCUCGGCGCAGGCAGCCAAUGAGCCUCUCCCUGGUCCCGCCCCCUCGGCGCGGACAGCCAAUGAGCGUGAGGCCCCCACGCAGCCAGCCAAUGAGCGUCAGGCUCCGCCGUCAGACUCCGCCUCUCCUUCCCCGCCCUCCUCGGCCCCUCCCCUCCAGUCCCUCGCUGGUCCCGCCCCCUCGGCGCGGGCAGCCAAUGAGCCGCAGCCCCUCCGUGGUCCCGCCCUCUCGGCGCAGACGGCCAAUGAGCGCGAGAGCCCGCCGCAGCCAGCCAAUGAGCGCCAGGCUCUGCCUUCCAUGGCCCCGCCUCCUGGGCGCGAGCAGCCAAUGAGCGUCCGUCGGGCCGCCCCGCCCUCCAGCCCGGGACGGAGGCCGGGCGCCGCCGCCGCCGCCGGGGCGUCUAGCGCAGAGCCCUGA